AUAAGAUAAUCUCAGCCCUCUGCAUUUAUACACACGCGCCCAGCCAAGGCAACGGCCAAAGGAAGGGGAAAGAAGAGGAGAGCAAGAUUUUCUCCCAAACAAAAAAAAAAAAAAGAAGAGGAGGAGAGCAGGAGGAAAAGGCAAGGAAAUCGAGCGAACUGAAGCAAAUUUCGUGUCGACUCGGGUUGGUUCGGAGGCUCUCUCUUCUGUUCCCGGCGGAGAUUUGAGGUCCGCGGGGAAGAUGGCUCCUGCGAAAUCUGGGGAGAAGGCGAGCAGCUUCGCCAUGGCCUGCAGCCUCCUCAGCCGCUACGUCAGGCAGAACGCCGCCGCCGCCGGCGAGCUCGGCCUCGGCAUCAGAGCUGAAGUUGAUGCGCAGAGAACGUCGGCAGACGCGGAGAAAGGGGAGGCGAGGAAGGAGACCAUGGAACUCUUUCCCCAGAACGCUGGGUUCGGCUCCGAGGCCGCAGCACAGGGGGACCCUGAUGCGAGGGAGCAAGAGAAGCGCCAGCUGACUAUCUUCUACGGCGGGAAGGUCCUUGUGUUCAAUGACUUCCCUGCUGAGAAGGCAAAGGACCUGAUGCAGAUGGCUAGCAAGGGUACAUCUGUAGUUCAGAACACUGUCUUGCUGCCAUCCUCCACAAUUGCAACAGUUACUGACAGUACUAAGGUCUCGGCCAUGCCAGCUCCACCAAAUGCUGAGGUCAAUGCCCAGAAGGUUGUUUGUCCGAAUGCUGCAGCAGAUAUUCCUCAGGCCCCGAAGGCAUCUCUUCGUCGGUUCCUAGAGAAGAGAAAGGAUCGCAUUACUGCAAAAGCACCAUAUCAAGGUUCCCCUUUAGAUGAUAAACCUGUCAAGGAGGAGGUGCCGGAGAGUCAGCCAUGGCUCGGGUUAGGACCUCAGGUCGCCAAUCCUGACCUGAAUUUAAACCAAGGAUGCAACCAAUGAUAAGCAGUUCAGCAUUGCUGUCUUCGAAACUGUGAUACUCCUGUGGUCAGAGGACUGGAUCGUAGGGACUCUCACAAGUCAUGUGUCAAAUGUUUUGUGUUAGGCCUAUGACUCCUUUAUGCGAUGCUUUGCGCUUGGAUACAGAGGUUUGGAUGUAAACAAAGUAGCUGAUGAUGAACAUGAGGGUUAUCAGUGCUGCUGGGACAGGUUCGGCUGAUUAACCCUUGGCAACCUGACCCAAACCGCCAUGGUAGAAAGGAGAAGAAACUAUAGUAGUUGCUAGAACUCGUUCGUAUUUUUGGAUGAUCUGUGUGCCGUUUGGCUUUGGCAUUGCUGUCUACAAAGCUAGUGAUUGUAGCAGAUACAGACUGUAUGAUUAUUUUUCUUGUCAUGUUAAUGUUCUCAUCUUCCGGUUGCUUUUGCUGACUUAUGAAAUAAGAUGACUUUGCACAAAA